AUGAGUGGUGUACCAAAGAGAUCUCAUGAAGAUGCUGUUCAUCAGUCUUCAAAGCAUCCUCAUCAAGAUUCAGGUACAUAUUCCAAGUUGAUGCCAUCAGUUUCAAAUGACCACCAUAUUCCGUAUGACAUGGGCCAGGAUUCCCGGGUGGCAAAGACACUCCGUACUGAACCUCGUGAUGCAGAUAGAAGAUCUCCUCUUCAUACAGUGUAUCGGAUGUCAUCAUCUUCAAAUGAUUCUCAUACAGAUCAUUCCACUGGAACUGAGAACAGGAUGGAAUCUAGGGAUUUUAAGGAGAGUAGAGAUCUCCGGUUUGAGAAUCGUGAUCUGAAGGCAGAGAAGAAGGAAUUGCAUGGGGAAGCCAGAAGGGAUUCUCAUAUUGCUAAGAGUGAGAAAGAUGUGCGAGUUGAUGGCAGAGGAGAUGACAACAAGGAUAUCAGAAAUGAAAGAGAUAGCCAUAAUGAUUCAAAAGGUGACGUUAAGACAGAGAAGGAUGGCUAUGGUAUGGUAAGCAGCAGCAGCCACUUGAAUUGGAAAGAAUCAAAGGAGUAUAGGGGGAAGAGAUUUUCUGAUGCCCCUGGUGGGAGUUUGGAUUCCUGGCAUGCAUCACGUGGCAAUACACCAGAAGUUGGAAAGGACAGUUCAACCGCAGAUGAAAGGGACAAUUUCGAAACUCAUGAGGCUGUUGGGGAAAACAAAAUUGAUUCUAAAAGUGAAGAUAGAUUUAAGGAAAGAAAAAGAAAGGAAGGCAAGCAUCGGGAUUGGGGCGAUAGGGAAAAGGAGAGAAGUGAUCGCAGAAGCAGUACACCAGUUAAUAAUAGUGGUGACAACAAAGAAUCUGCCAAGGAAGAUAGAGAUGUAGAAAAAUUGGAGAGGGAGAGGAAAGAUCUUCACAAAGAGAAAGAGAGUACAAAAGAGAGGGAAAAGGAUCAUAGCAAGAGGGACUCCUGGAAUGGCAUAGACAAAGAGGCUUUGAAUGAUGAUAAGGAACUUGGUGAUGGAUCAGCAAAAAAUACUGCUCAAGAAAAUGUGCUACCGGAGCAGAAGAAACAGAAAGAUGCUGAUAGCUGGAAAAAUGUUGAUGGAGAAGCAAGAGAGAGGAGGAAAGAAAGGGAUGCUGAUUUUGAAGGAGAUCGGCCUGAGAAGCGCUGUAAAAUUGACAAGCACUCAGAAGAUGGAACUGCACAUGGGGAAGCGACUGGAGAAAAGGAGAGGGAAGUCCAUAAUUAUAAUGUUCAACAUCGUAAAAGGAUCCACCGAUCAAGGGGAAGCCCUCAGGUGGCCAAUCGUGAGGCUCGUUUUAGAUCCCAUGCUCAUGCUCCAGACAACGAAGAGUAUUUUCUUGUCCUCCAGUUCUCUUGGUUACUUGUGUGA